AUGGCGUCUAAGGAUCUCCAUUAUAGGGCUGGCCUCAUUAAACUCAGCUGCUUAACUUCCAUCAAGAAUCCUAAAGUUCGGUUGUUGGUCAAGCAAACUCCCGAAGGCCUCCAAAAGUUGUUUCAAGAAAUACCACUUUGGAUAAAAAAAAAUCCAUAUUAUGAUCGGCUUGAUUGGUUAAACAAAUUCAUGGAGUAUAUGUGGCUUUACUUAAAUAAGGCAAAUGCAGUCAAUCUUUCUUCACUAAUAAUAUUUCCACCAGUGAAAGAUGAAUUCCUCCAAUUGGAGGGGAAAAAUUCCCUUGUGAGGGGCGCAUAUUCUAGGGAUUCAGAUUCCUCUUGGGGAGAACCUGGCAAAGGGGAUCACAGUGGGGAGAUUCAUAUGGAUACUGAGGAAACCCAAACUGAGGAGCAAUUCAACUUUGAAAGCCAAAACCGAAUCACUGAAGGGAAAGAAAAAGAGAAACAUGUUCACAGAUUUGGAAAAGACUUGCUGGACAAGGGGAUAGAAUUACUAGAGAAUCAAACGGCAGUUUGUCUUUAA